AGAAAAACUAACAUUGGAAAAACAAGAAGUUAAUGUAAAAGAAAAAAAACCGACAAAUAAUAUUAUAAAUAAAAUAAAUUUAUAAGACACAAUCCGCGCGAAGCGAGGAAAAAAUCUCUAGUCUAUAUAACAAAUGUCUUUAUAAUUGUUCCAAAAACUACGAAAAAAAUUUAUUGUAUUGCGCUUUUUAAUUUGAGUAACAGUUAAUAAACGAAAAGUAUGACUGAGGCAGAUAUAUAAGACAAUUUUUUUUUUGUAAAUGAAGCAUAUGCGUCUAGUGCUCAAACCACAGUCACACUCACAAACAAGUCAAUUGUCAUUAUAAUUUUCAAAUGAAACAAUAUCAUACGUAUGAAUAUUUAGUUUUGUUUUUACAUUAGUGAUUUUGAUCUAAUUCAAAUAGAUGAGCAAACUCCUAUACUAUUCACACCCAAAUGCUUAAAAAAACUUGGGUAAAAUUCAAGGCAUCGAGCGGUAUUCAUUCUAUUGGUGCUGAUUAUUACUGCACUAAAAUCAAGAUCAAAUCUCUUUUUUUUUUAUUUUUUUUUUUUUGAACACCUAUCAAAUCUCUUUAUGACUAUCAACAAUGGUUAUAAGUAUUCAACAUCGUAAUUUACAUGUAUUUAACAGUUCACGUCAUAUUCUCUUUCUUCCACUUAUUAAUUUAAUAUUCAUACAAAUUUUGUCUCUACAAUUGUUUUGUUUAAUAAAAUUCAACAUCAUAUCUCACCAUUUAUUUUCUUUUAUAUUUUCAUCUUUAUAUACUAAGAAAAAUAAUAAAUUGUAAUUAAAUCAAAAUAAUUGAUACUUAAACAAAUUUUUUAAAAUACACUAUGUUUUUAUAUUUUGCAAAUAAUAACUAUGAUCAAAUAUUAAAAUAUCUAUUAUUGAAUAUGUUUCAAAAAAAAGAAAAUUUUAAUGUCCAAAUAAAAUGAAAAAAUAUCUAUUUGUAGAGUUUUUUAAAUAAUAAAUUUUGAUAUAAUAUAAAAGUAAAAUAAACAUAUUUACUAUCAAAUAAUUAUCUUUAAACAAUUGGGGUGAAAAAAACUAAUACCAAAUAUACAUAUAGCCAAUAAAUAAAUACCAUAUAUUUAAUUUAUAUUUUAAUUAAAACAUAAUACUUCAAUAUAGUGAUAUGUGUCAAUGUGGACUCAGAUGUUUUGUUUUUAACAGGUUAAAAGUUUUCAACACAACUGAAUCCACACAUCAGAUUUUUUUCUUUCAACUAGGUCAUUGUGAGCAUUCAAUUUUGAAAUUUUAAUUCAACAGGUCCAGUGCAAUAGUCUAAGAGAAUAUUUAUAUAUCUUUUAUUUUAGGUGUUGCCAGUCUAAAAAUCCGAUUAAAAGAAAAGCUUCCUAAAGAACGAGUAAAAAGAAAGAAAAAAACGGGUGAAAACUAUAAAGUAAUUGAGAUACAAGUAAACACUAUAAAGUAAACAACCUUUCGAAAGACAAGUCACUUAUGUUUUCUCUUUUAGUUUGUUGCUGAGACCUAUCCAUAUGAUAGUGAUAACGACUUCCUCUAAUCCUCUCAUUACACGUAAAAGCUUUAUCGCAUUAUCGUCUAAUUAAUAUUGGGGUAUAUUAUUUUAUUUAUUUCUUAUGGCUUUCACAUGAGUUCGAGAAAAUGAUAUGUGUCAAGUUAACAUAUAAAUCAUAUUUUUGCGACGUGAAACAAUAGUAAUGAUAUUGAUGUAUAUGUCAUUAUGCAUCCAUCUUUUCGCAUACCUGAGGAAGAGUAUUUUUGUUUUCCCUCUGUAAAGGAACUGAGAGUUUGGUUUAAAAAAAGAAGGAAUUGAGAGUAUUAAUAUGCAAAAUGGCAAUUACGUAAUUUGAAGAAAAUCACAAAAGAACUAAAUGUAAUACAAAAUAAGUGAAAAGGUAUAAUCAAACCAUCCCUUGACACCUACUCUACCUUUAUAAAUGAUAACUCCUCCUCUUCUCCCAACACAUCUUCUUCUUGUUGCAAAUCAAUUGAGACAAAAAAACAUCAAUCUAUUCAUUCUAAGAGAGAAGCAAAAUUUAGAGAGAGACCAAGAAACAUGAAUAACCAGAAUGUAAAUGAUAAUAAUCUUCUUCUCAUUUCUCGGAUGUACCCGAAUGUCUAUGCUUCAUCAGUACCACAACAAGCAGUAGAUUCAAAACCAGUGCGUCCGAGGAGGAGGAGGAAGAGCAAGAAUGUUGAGAUGGCCCAGGAAGGUGGAGAUGGAAGCAAUGGGUGGUUUAGGAAGAGGAAAUUGAGUGAUGAGCAAGUAAGAAUGCUGGAGAUGAGUUUCGGGCUUGAGCAUAAGCUUGAGUCUGAGAGGAAAAACCGUCUUGCUUCGGAGUUAGGGCUUGAUUCUCGUCAAGUGGCCGUCUGGUUUCAGAACCGCCGUGCACGGUGGAAGAACAAGAGGCUUGAAGAUGAAUACACCAAACUCAAGAACGAACACGAAAACGUUGUCGUUCAGAAGUGUCAUCUUGAUUCUGAGGUUCUUCACCUAAAGGAACAGCUUUAUGACGCUGAAAUAGAGAUUCAACGGUUGGCACAAAGAGUCGAAGGAGCCUUAAGCAACAGUCCGAUCUCAACUUCUAUCUCCGUCGAAGCCAAUCUGACUACGCCCUUUUUUGGAGAUUACCAAAUCGGAGACGACGGUGAAGGUUACGAGAACUUGUUCUACUCGCCGGAAUAUAUCGAUGGAUUAGAAUGGAUGAGCCAACUUAUGUGAAAACAACUAGUUAACUUAAUUAGUAUAAAGUUCGUAAAAUGAUAGGGGUUAUUUGUGAUAACUAGGUUAUAUAUAUGAUUGGUCGAUAUCUAUAACGAAGCAGAUUAGCAGAAUGUAGAUAGAUCAAUGGGUCUGAUUAGAUUGUGUAAUAUUGUGCAUAUCUUUCUCUAAGCAUAAUUGCUUAGUUAUUAAUUAGGUUGAAAGCUGCUUUAAUUAGUUUGACAGUAUGGUCAAUGUUGGACAAAAGAUGUAUUAUUUGUUAAUUACAAAUAAAUUAUGAUUUAUCUUUCUUGUAAGAUGUUUAAUACAUAAAAUUACUUGCUAUU